CUGCCCGGGAGAGUGGGAGGAGCUGCGUCUGCUCUAGGGAAGCGAGGGCCGCGUCCCCCGCAGCAUCCCCUCCAUCCCACCCGCGCAAGCCCCCCGUUUUCCCGGGAGGGGGCCAUCAGGAGCGCUCUGCCUUCCUCUGGUCCCCUCUCUUCCCUCUCUCUGGCUCUCCCCCCGCCAAACCCCGCCAGUGGCUCACGCCUCCUGCAUACGGGAUGAGGUGAGCAGCGCGGCUGCUGAGAGGGGGCGCGCGCGGGUGUGAGCGUGUGUCCGUGUGCGAGUGUGUGUGCGCCGGGCGGGCGGGCACUGCAGCUUCUUCCUCCGUGGAGCUGAGAACGAGCGAGAGCUCGAGUGAGCGAGCGGCCAAGGCGGGCACUGGGGAGCAGGCGAAGCGGUGCAGCCAUCCCGGGCCCGGCGCCGCGCAGCCACCAUGCUCAACAACCUGACAGACUGCGAGGACGGCGAUGGGGGAGCCAACCCCGGUGAUGGCCACCCCAAGGAAAGCAGUCCCUUCAUCAACAGCACCGACACAGAGAAGGGGAAGGAAUAUGACGGCAAGAACAUGGCCCUGUUUGAGGAGGAGAUGGACACCAGCCCCAUGGUGUCCUCCCUGCUCAGUGGCCUCGCCAACUAUACCAACCUUCCCCAGGGAAGUAGAGAGCAUGAAGAAGCAGAGAACAAUGAAGGUGGCAAGAAGAAGCCGGUGCAGGCCCCACGCAUGGGCACCUUCAUGGGCGUGUACCUCCCAUGCCUGCAGAACAUCUUUGGCGUCAUCCUCUUCCUGCGACUCACUUGGGUGGUGGGCAUCGCAGGCAUCAUGGAGUCUUUCUGUAUGGUCUUCAUCUGCUGCUCCUGUACGAUGCUCACAGCCAUUUCCAUGAGCGCCAUUGCAACCAAUGGUGUUGUGCCUGCUGGUGGUUCCUACUACAUGAUUUCCAGGUCUCUGGGCCCAGAGUUUGGGGGUGCUGUGGGCCUGUGCUUCUACCUGGGCACUACCUUUGCUGGGGCCAUGUAUAUCCUGGGCACCAUCGAGAUCCUUCUGGCCUAUCUUUUCCCAGCUAUGGCCAUCUUCAAGGCAGAAGAUGCUAGCGGGGAGGCAACAGCCAUGCUGAACAACAUGCGGGUAUACGGCACCUGUGUGCUCACCUGCAUGGCCACCGUGGUCUUUGUGGGUGUCAAGUAUGUCAACAAGUUUGCCCUGGUAUUCCUGGGCUGUGUCAUCCUCUCCAUCCUGGCCAUCUAUGCAGGGGUCAUCAAGUCUGCCUUUGACCCACCCAACUUCCCGAUCUGCCUCCUGGGGAACCGCACACUGUCUCGCCAUGGCUUUGAUGUCUGUGCCAAGCUGGCUUGGGAAGGAAAUGAGACAGUGACCACACGACUCUGGGGCCUUUUCUGUUCCUCCCGCUUCCUCAAUGCUACCUGUGAUGAGUACUUCACCCGAAACAACGUCACAGAGAUCCAGGGCAUUCCUGGUGCUGCCAGUGGCCUCAUCAAAGAGAACUUGUGGAGCUCCUACCUGACCAAGGGGGUGAUUGUGGAGAGGCGUGGGAUGCCCUCUGUGGGUCUGGCAGAUGGCACCCCUGUUGACAUGGACCACCCCUAUGUCUUCAGUGAUAUGACUUCCUACUUCACCCUGCUGGUUGGCAUCUACUUCCCUUCAGUCACAGGGAUCAUGGCUGGCUCAAACCGCUCUGGAGACCUUAGAGAUGCUCAGAAGUCCAUCCCUACUGGGACUAUCCUGGCCAUUGCCACCACCUCUGCUGUCUACAUCAGCUCUGUUGUUCUGUUUGGGGCCUGCAUUGAGGGGGUUGUCCUACGGGAUAAGUUUGGGGAAGCUGUGAAUGGCAACCUGGUGGUGGGUACCUUGGCCUGGCCAUCUCCCUGGGUCAUUGUCAUUGGCUCCUUCUUCUCCACCUGUGGAGCUGGGCUGCAGAGCCUCACGGGGGCCCCACGCCUGCUCCAGGCCAUCUCUAGGGAUGGCAUUGUGCCCUUCCUGCAGGUCUUUGGCCAUGGCAAGGCCAAUGGAGAGCCAACCUGGGCACUGCUGCUGACUGCCUGCAUCUGCGAGAUUGGCAUCCUCAUCGCCUCCCUGGAUGAGGUCGCCCCUAUCCUUUCCAUGUUCUUCCUGAUGUGCUACAUGUUUGUGAACUUAGCUUGUGCGGUGCAGACCCUGCUGAGGACGCCCAACUGGAGGCCGCGCUUUCGAUAUUACCACUGGACCCUCUCCUUCCUGGGCAUGAGCCUCUGCCUGGCCCUCAUGUUCAUCUGUUCCUGGUACUACGCUCUGGUGGCCAUGCUCAUUGCCGGACUCAUCUACAAGUACAUCGAAUACCGUGGGGCAGAGAAGGAGUGGGGUGAUGGGAUCCGAGGACUGUCACUCAGUGCUGCCCGCUAUGCCCUAUUGCGCCUGGAAGAAGGACCCCCACACACCAAGAACUGGAGGCCCCAGCUGCUGGUGCUGGUGCGUGUGGACCAGGAUCAGAACGUGGUGCAUCCACAGCUGCUCUCCUUAACCUCCCAGCUCAAGGCAGGGAAGGGCCUGACCAUUGUGGGCUCUGUGCUUGAGGGCACCUUUCUGGACAACCAUCCACAGGCUCAGCGGGCAGAGGAGUCUAUCAGACGCCUGAUGGAAGCUGAGAAGGUGAAGGGCUUCUGCCAGGUAGUAAUCUCCUCCAACCUGCGAGAUGGCGUGUCCCACCUGAUCCAGUCUGGGGGCCUUGGAGGACUGCAACACAACACAGUGCUGGUGGGCUGGCCCCGGAACUGGCGGCAGAAGGAAGAUCACCAGACGUGGAGAAACUUUAUUGAACUGGUCCGGGAAACCACAGCCGGCCACCUGGCCCUGCUGGUCACCAAGAAUGUCUCCAUGUUUCCUGGGAACCCUGAGCGCUUCUCAGAGGGCAGCAUUGAUGUGUGGUGGAUUGUGCAUGAUGGAGGCAUGCUCAUGUUGCUACCCUUCCUGCUGCGCCACCACAAGGUCUGGAGGAAGUGCAAGAUGCGGAUCUUCACUGUGGCCCAGAUGGAUGACAACAGCAUCCAGAUGAAAAAGGACCUGACCACGUUUCUGUACCACUUACGUAUUACAGCAGAGGUGGAGGUGGUGGAGAUGCAUGAGAGCGACAUCUCAGCAUACACCUAUGAGAAGACACUGGUGAUGGAGCAACGCUCUCAGAUCCUCAAGCAGAUGCAUCUAACCAAGAAUGAGCGUGAGCGGGAGAUCCAGAGUAUCACAGAUGAAUCUCGAGGCUCCAUUCGGAGGAAGAAUCCAGCCAACACUCGGCUCCGCCUCAAUGUCCCUGAAGAGACAGCUGGUGACAGCGAGGAGAAGCCAGAGGAGGAGGUGCAACUGAUACAUGACCAGAGUGCUCCCAGCUGCCCAAGCAGCUCACCAUCUCCAGGGGAGGAGCCUGAGGGGCAGGGGGAGACAGACCCCGAGAAAGUGCACCUCACCUGGACCAAGGACAAAUCGGUGACAGAGAAGAAUAAAGGCCCCAGCCCUGUCUCCUCUGAAGGCAUCAAGGACUUCUUCAGCAUGAAGCCGGAGUGGGAAAACUUGAACCAGUCCAACGUGCGGCGCAUGCACACAGCUGUGCGGCUGAACGAGGUCAUUGUGAACAAAUCCCGGGACGCCAAGCUGGUUUUGCUCAACAUGCCCGGGCCUCCCCGCAACCGCAAUGGUGAUGAAAACUACAUGGAGUUCCUGGAGGUCCUCACCGAGCAACUGGACCGGGUGAUGCUGGUCCGUGGCGGCGGCCGCGAGGUCAUCACCAUUUACUCUUGAGGGCCAGGACCUGCCACUCGGGCCCAAGCGCGCCCGGCCCGCGGCCCCGGAGCCCUCGCCGCGCCCCCCGCCGCUGUCACCGUUUACAUAAGACCCCGUGCCCGUGCCCUGGCCCCUUUCCCCGCUGCCCGCAGCCCCGAGGCCGCCGGCUCGUCGGGGCUGAGCAGGAGGCGGCGCCUCGCCAGAGGGGAGGGGACGCUGCAGUAAAGGUGGCGAGGCGUGAGCCCGGCCGUCCUCCCCACGCCCCGCCGCGUUCCUCCGCGCUCCUCCCGGGCCGGUCGCGCUAUACAUAGUGUACAGGAGACAUCGCGUGUAUUUUUAACGUCCCCAUAUUUCUGUAACUAGAAGCGCAACGGACUCCUCCUCACCACGUCCGAGCUCUCCCGGCUGCAAGCCCGGGGAGGGGGCGCGAGCUGAGAGCAAAAGUGCUUUAAGGCUCUGGCGGGGGUGGUGGCCUCGGUCCCUGGACCCCUGCCCCGUCCACGCGCUUCCCUCCUUCCCGCUGGUUCUUGGCCGAGACAGGCGCCCGGCUUCUCCUGAUUUGCCUCCCCAGCGGCCAGGAUAGCAGAGGGGCUCCCCUCCAGGGGAGAGCCCGAGGCCCGCGCCCACCGAGGAAGCCCCGCCAGGUGCCUUCGCGGAGGAGCAGGCGUCUCUCCUCUGUUGGCCUGCCGCCUGCUUCCCCUGUCCUGUGGCUCCUCGCCAAAGACUGAACUUUGGAGCUGGAGGGCGCCCUGCUCCCCUUUCCUCCCUGGGACUGGCGAGGAAGGAGGUGCGGCAAUUGUAGUUUAGGGGCUGAUUCACGGGAGGCCCCAGAGUAGGCCCUGAUGGUCCUUCCCCUCGCCCCCACCUGCAGGCCCAGCCUGCGGAGGAUUCUGGGCCGGGCAUUCCCAGACACCUGGUCCUGGGAGGGGUGGCCACUAGGCCGGCCCUCUUCUCACUACGACCCAAGGCCUUUGGCUGCCCCAACUCCAGACCUAGGCGCUUCCGCUCCACCAGCCCCACCUGUGGGGAGGUGCCCUCAGCCCUUUAGCCAGGCAUUUGGCAGGUUCCCUUCCCCCCGGGGCACGUUACUAAGGGGGACAGGCACUGCAUGCUCCUUCAAGUGCCCUCUGGGACUGGGCACAGUACCUCCAGCCCCAGAGCCCUGACCCACGCACCUAGUUAGACAUCCUGCCCAUUCCAGAGCUGGGGCCACUAGGUACUCCUGACCUCGACACCUCCUUCCCUUUGAGCCCAAGGCAGAGAACUGCAGCUGGUGCCAUCUAGACAGGGUCAGGUGUGUGACCAGGGGCAGGUCUGGAGGUCUACUGCUUGGCCCAAGACCCCUUUGAGAGUUGACCAGGGACUGGAUAUCCUUCCAUGCACUGGGCAUGUUAUGACCCAGUCCCCUGCAUCCUUCAAGGCUGUCCUCUGAGAAACCCUGGCCUGCCUUCUGGGCCAAGUAUGAGGCUGGGCAGAAGGGGAGAGGGCCUGUAUCAACACCGAUUAGGGAACCAAAGUUGCACUAUCUGGGCCCAGACUGUCUCGUUGGCAAGAGCAAAGUUUCCGUUGAUGAAACAAACAUCCCACAACAAAAACCCAAGUUUUUUGUGCUACACGUGCAAUAUUUGUUAUGAAUGUUGUCAUUCAAGGUUCUCUUUAUGGUCACUGUAGCUAGAUGUUUCAUGUCCAUCCAAGUGACUUUUAUUCUGAGUGCAAUAUUUCAAUAGCCUUGUAGUGAGAGCUAGAGUUGCUUUUGUUUUAGCUGAUCUAUGUGCAAGGCGAUGCAGUGAAGUCGAAAACCCUUGUAAAUAGGAGAGGUUGCAAGCCAAAUCCAGAGUAUUUAUUACAAUUAUUACUAUUAUUAUUAGGCCUGCCUUUAAUUUUCAGUGUUUCAGUAUUUCGCAUCCUGCCUCAGUACUGAUCUUGUGUUCUUUGUGCCAAUAUGAAAAGGAGAGGGCUGGUUCUUUCCUUUAUUGUUGAAUGCUCCCAUUUAAUGCUUUAAAGCUUUUACUGUAUUAAUUUUUUAGACACUCAUCUGCACAAAAUGCAAUAAAAAGAAUUUUAUUAUACCCUUUAUAGCCUUAGGUAUGCUGUUUGGACACCCCAGGAGGAACUGAGAUGCUUGCUCAGAAGUCAAAUCCCUAUUUUCAGCAGAUGACUUUUUGGUUGAGGCAGGGUCUCUCUCACGUAGCCCAGACUAGUCUCAAACUCAGCUAGGCAGCCAGGAAUGACCUUGAACUGCUUCCACCUUCCAAGUACUGGGGACUGCAUGUGUGCCACCCCAUCUGAAUGUCCAAUUGGGUAUGGCCAGCCUUGGGAGCCUUGUCCAGAGAGUACUGCACUCAGAGCAGCUCCUAAGCCAGGAGGCACUGCCUAGGUGUCAGGCUGCAUGACACCCCGUGGGAGGCAGUGAACGUCUCUACGGGAGGCUCAGCCUUGUUGACCUGUUGGGAAGUUAGGGACAUUCAUGCCAAGUUUAUUAAAGACUCUUCAGGAUGUUCAGGUCCUAACUAUGGAUUCUGCCAAAUGUCUAACAAUGGGUAGAACCGAGAUGAAGGCAAGAGAUGAUGAGUGCCUGACUCCACCAUGGGUGAAGGUCCUCAUCAUGGACUUCCUUUUCUACAACAGGAUCUGGACACAUUUGCGGAUAUGCUGUGUGUUACCAGAAGCAGGGUACAGAGUGUGAUAGGAUUUGCCAGAAAGCUUUUGCUCUGAACUAUUAUUAACACUUCUCAUUAGGUAGGCAGCAUACAAAGGCUCAUGUAGGGUACAGAGAUUCUAAGGCUUGACCCUAGUUAAGGACAAGAAGGGGACAGACCAGAGUCCUCAAAGAUAGGGACCCCUCCUGACCCCAGGAAACAUGCUCUGCAAAGAGGUGCUGUAUAUACACCCAAGAAAAAUGAGUACAGGUCUGACUUUGUCAUUUUAAUUAAAAAGUAACUGUUUCAUUUUAUCAACAACACGAGUUCCAAAGAGGGGGGGAAAAACACUAUAUAACACAAACAGAUCAGAACAGAAACUGUUGCCAUUUGGGGACCUUAAGUUUUGAAACUUGUCUUCUCAGCCCCUGGCAGGGACUCAACUGAAGUCACCACUCUCUGCCCUGCCAGGGCCCCCUUCCCUAGACUUGAUCCACAGGGUUCUAAUGAGCAGUCUGUCCUGAGGGAGAAGGCGCUUCCUUUGGCUCCAUUCAGGGCAGCAGCCAGAGCCCUCCCUCUCACAGUCUUACUCUGGCUCAAAAUUUAUGAAUGUUGUCUGUAUCGACAACGCAUCCAGCUACCAAGAGUCUGACAUCAAAUGGUCCCUACCUCCUGCUGAUCAGAAAACAGAACAAGAGUCUAGAUGAAAACAAAAGCUGGGGUUUUUGAGCUAAAAGCUCAAAAUAAAUCACUGAAAAGAUGGGUGUUCAAUGCCAGUCUAGAGUUGUCUUCUCAGAGCCGGCUGUGUGAGGCGCUGCUGGGAGAGCGGUACUGAUGGAAAUGCUAUGGAGAGCAGUGAGGCCCAGAUUCACAGUUUGUAUCCAGUUGCUGAGUGGAAUUGCCCAGUCCUCUGGAGAUCCUCUGAUAAAAUGGAAAACCACCAAAGAAACCAACUCCCCACAGAGGGGGUUCUGCCUUCUAUGGCUGCCACCCAUUCUUCACCAGUCCAGGGCAGCUGAUUGAGUCCUUGAACAGAGCUCCGUACUCUGAUAGGACAGUGACAACACUGUCUGCCAAGGCCAAUCUGCUUCUCUAUGAGCCAGCAGGAGCUCAGCUCUGGCUGUGUUGAGGUGGGAAAACCUUAGUAGGUUCGGAAGAAACAAAAGUUGUGACUACUGACUUGACAAAUGGCAUUCCAAAUUCAAGUGGCUACGGUGUGGUUUCUUCCUUUCCUCUCCACAAAUUGGCAGACAGGGACCAGAGAAACCCCAUCAGACAGAAAACAAACUUAGACCCCUGCAUUGAUCAAGCAACCCCAGAGAUACUUUCUACCCAAAACAAAAACAGAUGCAGCCCCAAAUGCAGUAUAAAUUCUGAUUCUGUUAAGUAAAACGCAACACAGCCUUGGGAAGGAGAGGUGGUAGAAAUUUAGGACAUUUGAUGUCAACUUGGAGAGUGCAAAGAACACCCUCCAAACAUCUCUACUUAGAAUGAAGUGGGAGGACAGGAAGAAGGGACUAGGAACAGCAGAACGAUUUAGCCUCAGUAAUGCCUCUGGUAG